AUGAGCUCAAGAGAAUGUCCAGUGGAAGCCUAUACGAACUUAAUGAACAUCAUCAUGCCAUUAAUCAAUACGGUCUUCGAACCAAAUCCAAAAAUAAUACCUACUAUCAAAAUAGAUGAAACGAUUCGAACCAAAUUAUUUAAAUCGAUUUUGAAUUUUCCAGAACCUGGAAUAGCAGCUUUAUCAGACGAACUGAUUAAUAAACCUUACUCUUUAAUGAGUUUAUUAAUCAAAACCAAUGAUAAAUUAUUAUUUUAUGCAAUGAUCUUACGUGGUAUAAGUGUAAGACGAUCAAAGAUUUCUAAAAUAGAGCUUUCUUCUUCACCUAUUGGAGAUCUUAUUAAGAAGGCACUUAGAUCUGAGCGAAACAAUCAGCGUUUGGAAAUCCCACACGAUAUUCUUGCACAAUUAAACUCCUUUCGAUCUGAGCCGAUAGUCAGAGUACCACCACGAUUAGCUACUUCAAAAAGGAGAGCGUUGAUUGAAAUUGAAGACAAUAAACCUGAGAUCGAGAAACCAGUUUCGAAACGUGCAAGAUUGGCUCAAAUUCAAGAUCAGAAAGAGGAAUCCAAAAAGAUUGAAUUAGCAGAAACAUCCAAACCUAUCAAACCCGAACCAUUCCCCAAACCAACGAUCCCGAAUCAUGAUCCACCCUUCAUCAUGAAAUUGAUGAAGAUCCCAAACGAAGCUAAUGAAAUCAGUAUUAAACAUUCUUAG